GAUGGAGAUGAAGAGCCUAAAGUUGCAACGUGUGAAGUCACUGGAUCUCAGUCCGCUCCUCCCCUGCUGCUCGGUCAACUCGCCGCCGCCCCUCUUCAACCUCGCCGCCGCCAGAGGUAGCACGACGUCGCCGCCGUGAGAGGCACAGUUGACACCAAUCCAAUCGUGUGCAAAUUCCCUUGGUCGGGGCGUCAGACGAGGGCACACACACUCUGCAAGUGCCACCCCGAACCACUGAACCGCAAGCAGCGACAGCGCUGGCGACUGAGGGGAGGAGGGGCUGCUGACAGUGGGAUCGAGCGAUGGCAGCUGUCCGGCGGCAGGCGGCGGCGAAGCGGGGCGGAGGUGGCGCGGCCGGAAAGAGCGCAUGGCUGGCGGCUGACGGGAGCAAGAGGUGGGGGGAGAAGUUCCUCCUGCUAUACACGCCCUUCUGGCUCACGCUCUGCCUCGGCGUCGUCGUCCCAUUCAAGCUCUACGAGAGUUUCACAGAGCUGGAAUAUUUGGUUGUUGGAUUGGUGUCAACCGUGCCUGCUUUUGUCAUCCCUCUGCUCAUCGUAGGAAAGGCAGAUAGUAUUAGAAGUUUAAAAGAUCGUUACUGGGUCAAGGCUAAUGUUUGGAUUAUAAUUUUCAGUUAUGUCGGUAACUACUUUUGGACACAUUACUUUUUUACAGUUCUUGGCGCAUCCUAUACUUUUCCUUCAUGGAGGAUGAAUAAUGUACCCCAUACAACAUUUCUCCUAACUCAUGCCUGCUUCUUGUUUUAUCACAUGGCAUCGAAUAUGACACUUCGUAGAUUACGUCACUCUACAGCCCACCUGCCACAGUCUAUUCGGUGGUUGUUUGAAGCCGCAUGGAUUUUAGCACUCUCAUACUUCAUUGCAUACUUGGAGACCCUAGCCAUAGCAAAUUUUCCAUAUUACGAAUUCGUCGAUCGGGACAUAAUGUACAAAGUCGGAUCAUUGUUUUAUGCAAUAUACUUCCUCGUCAGCUUUCCGAUGUUUUCAAGGAUCGACGAAAAAGCAGAGAAGUGGGCCCUUUCCAGGGUUGCCGUCGACGCUCUGGGUGCAGCGAUGCUUGUCACGAUAAUACUUGACUUAUGGCGCAUAUUUCUGGGGCCAAUCGUGCCCAUCCCUGAAUCAAGACGGUGCGGCCAGCCGGGGCUAGCAUGGUUUCAUCCGCAGAACGAAAGCGUCUAGUUCAGGAACGAUGUGGAUUCUUCUGUACCGUUGACCCUCCGCCAGUGCCGGUGUUUGUCAGGAAUCAAUAAUGUUCUCCUCUCCAUUGGAGGGAUGAAAAUUGCACCGUCAAGGCGUGUUCUUGCUGAUUAAUGGACCGAUUUCUUGUCUGCGUGUUGUAUUUGUUUCGUGCAAAUAGAGAACUGGUAAUUUGUAAGUUCAGCCUGAUCUUAGAAACCAUCUUGAGUACGGUGGAGGCAAUGAAAAUUUGAUGUCAACCAGAAA